UGCUAAAAAUUACAACGAUGUUCAAAAAAGUAAAUAUGUAAAGAAAUUAUCGUGUCAUGCGUCAUUCCACUUUUGGACGAGGUUAGAAAAACCAUUCAAGCUUUUCCCACAAUACCUCAUCAGUUAGGAGUUAGUAACCGCAAUUUAGGACGUCAACAACUAGAGCUCCUUUCUACAAAUAAAAUUACUAAAGAAUUUUAUCGAGAUUUUAAACGCUCUAGCGUGUACUUAGUGGAAUCUUCAAAUUACAAAGGAGAAGCGGUUGACGAGUCAACUCUUAAGGAAAAGCCUGCAAAAGUUCAAGAAACCAAAAGGGAUUCAGUAAAUAGAAAACAAACAUCUUUAUAUCAAGAAGACUACUCAGACGAAGAAAACAAAUUUGGUAACAUGGCUCCUCAUGACAGAACUUAUGGUGGUAAUCGCGGUGGACGUGAUGAACAUGGAGGUUCAGGCGGUGGUAACCGUUACGGCAACAGAGGAGGCGGCGGUGGUGGUAAUGACUACCAUGGCGUACGCAAGGGCCGUGUUGAAAAGGGAGGUCGUGGCAAUGAUCGUGGAGGUCGCGGUGGUGGCUUCGGCGGCGGUUUCAAUGAUCGUCGUGGAGGCAAUGGUGGUGGCAAUAACCAGGAUUUGUCUAUCCGCGAUAUGGAUUUCACAAAUUUGGCUCCUUUCAAGAAGGACUUCUACAAAGAGCAUCCCAUUGUUGCCAAUCGUUCUCCUUAUGAAGUGCAACGGUAUCGCGAUGAACAUGAAAUUACUGUACGCGGUAAUGCCCCCAACCCCAUUCAAGAUUUUGAUGAAGCCUACUUCCCUGAUUACUGCAUGAAGGAAAUCAACCGUCAAGGCUACAAAGCUCCCACACCAAUUCAAGCCCAAGGCUGGCCCAUUGCUAUGAGUGGCCACAAUUUCGUUGGUAUUGCCAAGACCGGCUCUGGCAAAACUUUGGGUUAUAUUUUACCCGCCAUUGUGCACAUCAAUAACCAACAGCCCUUGCAAAGAGGUGAUGGUCCCAUUGCUUUAGUUUUGGCUCCCACUCGUGAAUUGGCACAACAAAUCCAACAGGUUGCCACUGAAUUUGGCUCAUCUUCGUAUGUACGCAAUACUUGUGUGUUUGGCGGUGCCCCUAAAGGUGGACAAAUGCGUGAUCUGCAACGUGGCUGCGAAAUUGUUAUUGCCACUCCUGGUCGUUUGAUUGAUUUCUUGGCCGCUGGCGCUACAAAUUUGAAACGUUGCACAUAUUUGGUUUUAGAUGAAGCCGAUCGUAUGUUGGAUAUGGGUUUCGAACCUCAAAUUCGUAAAAUUAUUUCACAAAUUCGUCCCGACCGUCAAACCCUUAUGUGGUCUGCCACCUGGCCCAAAGAAGUCAAACAAUUGGCAGAAGAUUUUCUCGGCGACUACAUACAAAUCAACAUUGGUUCAUUGGAAUUGUCGGCCAAUCACAAUAUUCGUCAGGUUGUCGAAGUUUGCGAUGAAAAUGACAAAGAAGAAAAACUUAAAGCUCUGCUUUCAGAAAUUUAUGAUACCAGCGAAAAUCCUGGCAAAAUUAUUAUUUUCGUUGAAACUAAACGCCGUGUCGAUCAUUUAGUACGUUUUAUCCGUAGUUUCGGUGUACGCUGUGGCGCUAUUCAUGGCGACAAGUCACAAUCUGAACGUGAUUUUGUUUUACGUGAAUUCCGCUCUGGCAAAUCCAACAUUUUAGUUGCUACUGAUGUAGCUGCUCGUGGUUUAGAGGCCAUAAAUGGUUGCAUGGUGGGGAUAAAAUGUCAGCUAGUAAUCUGAAAUUGAAAAAGAAAUUUUAAUGGAAAUUUUGAAAGUUGAUAAAGAAUACCAUUGCAAUGUGAAAGUUGUCAAUGAUGCAUUACAUAAUUAAAGUAAAACAUGAAAGCGGCGGCAAGCGGAUAGGCGGCAACACUUUUUUACCACAAGGCCAUUGGAAAAAAGGGUAUGUCGUAGUACCGUAACACCACCGCUACCGAACGGUAUAUGCUUUACAUGUCUAGUAAAAACAAAACACAAGGAGGCGGUAUAUUGAUAGAAGGCACGAAAAAAAUGUGGUUACGCUUUUGUAUGAUGGAGUCUCAAAUUAUAGCAGAGCGUAGCAAAAGCAUUAUUUUUCAUAUAUGCUGCAGUUAGUAAAUGCUACAUACUAAAAUAUACCACCACCUUUAACAGAUCCGUGUAAUAAUAAUGUCUACCUAACGACUCAUAUCCCUAUCAUCAUCAUGUAUUUAUAUUACAAGAGGCCUCUGAAGUCUAGUUGUUAACACGACUAAAUAGGAGUAUAUCUAUCAAUAUUAUAAUUAUCUAUUGAUGUAGUAAAACCUUUGUUGUAUAACUAUAAAAACACAAUAUACAAUCUUUACCCUGUAUUUUUGGGGACACACGGGAACAGCAUUAAAAAGACGGAGUGCAUACCAAUCAACCAGAGAGAAAUUAAAGCCAUUUUUUAAAGGGGAUCUUUUUGAAAUUUGUUUUUAUAAGAAAUAAAAUUAUUCCUUUGUAAAAAUUCUCUCAUGAAACUGGAAAUGCUCUCCGCUUAAAAGUUGGACAAACAAGCAAAAUAAAUAAAAGCACACGCAGGCAAACAGGAAAACAACCUAUGUAUAUCUCGCAACUAUGACUCAACGUGAUGUCUCUAAUGUGUUCUUUGAUUAAGUACUAGUUGAACAAAAUUAAAAAUAAAAUCAACAUACUAAGUUUCAAUUAGAAAAGGCUGGAUCAUUAUGCCAACAAUAGUGAUUUGGUGGUUUCUAUUUGGAAAUUGUAAUUUUGCAAAGUAUUAAAGAAAGCUAAGCUGUGUAUGACAGACGUAUUAAAUGGAGUCGUAACAAAUGUUGAAUAGCUGUUGUGUAUGAUGGCAAACCAAAAACUACAAUACGACAACAUCAUCAUUUGCUUCAACGUUCUUCAUUCCCAACAGUACGUUGUCAGCUAUAGUAAAUAUGAAUGAAAGGAGUAACAAAGAACACAUUUUAGUCAGAAACCAGUGAUAGUUUAUUUUUAAUCCAAAACAAUGUCUACAUGCUUGCGUUAUUUGUGUGUGUGUAUGUUCGUAAGUGUACAACCGGAUGGAUGCUGGAGCCUUAGGCGCACUAAACUGCUAAAUACAUUGGUGCGCUACACUCGUGACAAAACAUGAAAGUGAUGGCUUUGGCUUCUAAUCAACGUAUACAAACAAACAAAAACCAACUCUCCUGCUGAUCAUGUGUGUCUAGUUCUAAAAAAACAACUCAAAUAUUUGUUGUAAGCGUAUCUAAACUAACGUUGUUGAAAAAAGCUAAACCGAGAUAUCAAAACCGACGUUUAGUUUUGUUCUUAAGAAAGAAAAUACUUUUCAAGUUGU